ACUGUCAUUCAGACAGCAUAAAAUCUAGUGUCAUUUUGAAGCAGAACAAAAAUCUCAGUUUCCUGAAAUCCUACGAAGCUCUUGCCUCAUCAACUACCUACAAACUAUUCUUCGAUUCAGUCUACAUCUAACAUCUUGGUUCUUAAAUGGUAAUCUGAACCCUUAACCGAAUGCGAAAAAGUUUCGCAAAAAGGACCGUCAAAGCUCCAUACCCAUUGACGCUCAAAAUUCCCGACUUGCUAGCACCCAAGCUUUGCGUAUUUCAUCCUGUGAAAUGGCCAAACUCUCCGGAUCAACAGCCAUGAACAGCGUGCUGACAUUGGAGAAACAGCUCAAGGAGAAGAAUAGAUAUCUGGAUCUAAUCAUAAAUGAGUGCCAGAAUAAGCCCAUGGUCAAAACGAGUCUGUUUUUAAAGCAGCGUUGCGACUCCCAGGAGCAAGAGGAUGACCCUAUACUGGCCCUGCAACAACAAGUCAAUUCCAUCCGCAAUCUAACUAUCCAUUGUCCUGCAGUCCAGUCUCUUGAAAUCGAAAUUGAAACCCAAGACAAAAAUGGGAUAAAAAAGGAAAUCACACCACCGGUCUUAGAAAUUGGCAAAAAGCGACGUUUUUGGAGCUCCACAUAUUUGAGGGACGACUAUGUCGAGCAAUUUAGGCGUAGGGUGGCUCAAAGAACCGAAAUAAACAUGAAACACUUAAAUGAGGCAUAUCAGGUGUUUCUCAGAGCCAAAAAUAGGCGCAUUGCCUACGAAGGCGGUAUAUACAAGGCGCUUCUCUUAGAGGAAUUCAUGCCUAAGUCCCUCCAUGCCAUAGAGGAGGUACAAAUCAGCAGCGAGUUAAUUCCGCUGACCAAAGUGCAGCAGGAUCGGCUGAUGGAAUUGUCUGAGGGUCCGCUGGAGCAGGUAAUUGUUACCAAGUUCAAGUUGGACAUCCAUCGCAGCGAAAUCAAAAUCCUGACUGAAGGCGCCUGGCUGAACGACGUUAUAAUCAACUUCUACAUGAACCUACUGGCCGAGCGCUCCGAGAAGCGUCCUGGUCAAGUGCCCAGCGUGUACGCCAUGAACACUUUCUUCGUGCCCCGCCUGCUGCAGAGUGGUUUCGAUGGCGUCAAACGCUGGACUCGCAAGGUGGAUCUGUUUAGCAAGGACAUCAUACUUGUGCCUGUUCACCACAGCGGCGUUCACUGGUGCCUGGUCGUAAUCGAUUUGCGUGCAAAAACAAUGCUAUACUACAAUUCAAAAGGCGGCGGCAAUCCAAAGGUGAUGCGAGCACUUAAAAUAUACCUGCGAAUGGAGUCGUUAGACAAGCGACAGAAACCUCUGGACACCAACGACUUUCGCAUCGAGCAUGCCCAAAAUGUGCCGCAACAGGACAACAUGGACGAUUGCGGCGUUUUCACCUGCAUGUUCGCGGAAUACCUAACGCGGGAUGCUUUAAUAACGUUCUGCAAAGAUGACAUGAACUAUUUUCGCAUUAAGAUGGUUUUGGAGAUAGCCGACGGCGAGCUGUGGAAGUAGGCGUUUAGACUUUAUUUCUUACUUAACUUUUUAGUUUUUAGCUUACUUAUAAAUAAGUUGAGCGUGCUAUACAAUAAACUAAAAUGAAAAACAG